CUAGUUCAGGUGUUUGAUUACACUGUCAGCUGGCAACAUUCUAUGUUUUUUACUGCCAGCUACUUACAUGUAGGAUUAUUCUACCUUAAUGUCAAUACAGGCUUGUUCGCACUCUUUGGAUGGUUGUUGACACGACACGACGUCACAAUGCUAAUUAUUAUUUAACCUGCCACGGCCGUCUGCUUUGAGCCAGCUGGCCAGAUUUUGUCAGGAGUACAGGCCAAAGAUGAACAUUGUGGAGAUUGUAUGUGUUCUCGCUGUGUUGACGGAAUGUGUGUUGUUUACUUCUGGGGAUGACGACACAGUGUGUGAAGAGACAAAGCAUGCUGACGUCAAGUAUUUCGACAUACGUCUGCCGUAUAUGAAUGUACCGGAGAAUUUGACGUCAUACGUGUGUGAUCUACAGCGGAUACCAAUAGCACUAGACGUACCUUACCACGCCGUGGCCUUUGAACCAAUCAUCAUAAACCAUGACGUCAUGCAUCACAUGAUCUUAUUCGGGUGUGAACAAGAGCAGGAAUACAUUGCGCCUCACCACUGCGGCCCGGUAGACAAUGUGUGCCGGACUUUUCUUGUGCAGUGGUCAAUGGGCAUCAGGGGUCAGAUCUGCUCCUACCCCGGCACGGGGGUCAGGUUCGGUGCUGGGUCCCUCAAGUCAUUGUCACUGCAGAUACACUGGAAUAAUGCCAACCAGAGGCCCGGGUUGACUGAUUCUUCCGGAGUUCGAGUGUACUACACCACACGCUUAAAGGAAAACGACCUGGGCAACAUCCAAAUAGGUCAGAACGACUUAACCAUUCAGCCGGGAGUGAUUCGAACCCUGGUCACUGGCAGCUGUAGCUCGGCUUGUACAAGGCUGUGGAUACAGGAACCCAUCUAUCUCACUCGUGGCCACAUCCACAUGCAUUAUCUAGGUGACGGCGGUCGGCUGGAGUUGAUCAGGGGCGGGAAAGCAAUUCAAGUGGUCAUCGACGACAUCAGCUUUGAUUACCACAGCCCGCCUGCUCAUUAUUUCGAUGAUCCCGUGCAAGUUUUGCCAGGAGAUGAGCUGAAAGUGACGUGUUAUUUUAACUCACGUGAUGGGGCCAAGGCUAGAAAUAGAACAGUUUACUGGGGAGAGGGGUCGGAUGGUGAAAUGUGCUACGCUUUUCUCACCUACUUCCCUAAAGUUGACAACUUUGACCAGUGCAUACAGUUUGACAAGUACGACAUUUGUUCGCCUAGCGGCACUGCUUUGUUAGGUGACUGCAGCUUUGGAGGGUUCCAAAAUUACUUCAGUACAGUCAUGGCUGAUGACAUCAUCAGAAACUGUGCAUCAGGUGGUCAAGUUUAUGAUCAAACAAAACUCUGCACCAUCAACUGCCAGAGAGCUCUUCAGGAUUUUAAAGAAAAUCCUUGUAUGGAGGACAGAUUAGGCAAAUACGCGAUCAGAGUCUACCUGUCAGGUGUUCCUACCUGGCCACAGGUAGCUAAAAUUUUAGACGCAGCGGAAAAAUAUUGCUUGGAUUAAAAAUGUUAUGUAGGUUUCUAAUAAAUACCUAAUAAUAAAAAUUUGAUUAUUGAUGUUAUUAAAUCGU